CUGCAAACUCCACCAGCGUUCCUCUGCUCAGGCCUGGCCCCACCCGGCCGGCAGCUGUUGCCACAUUUGCCUCCUGGAGGCCGGGGUGUCCUUGGUUCCCUGCCCACUCCCUACCCUGCCUGUUUCUCCCCCCCUGUGUACCCCAGGUGCCAGCAUGGUGGGGGAACUCCGCUACCGGGAAUUCAGAGUGCCCCUGGGGCCGGGCCUGCACGCCUAUCCCGAUGAGCUGGUGCGCCAGCGGGUGGGCAAGGACGGGCAUCCCGAGUACCAGAUCCGCUGGCUCGUGCUGCGGCGCGGGGACGAAGGGGAAGGGAGCACCGGCCAGGUGGACUGCAAGGCGGAGCACAUCCUGCUGUGGAUGUCCAAUGACGAGAUCUAUGCCAACUGCCACAAGAUGCUGGGGGAGGACGGCCAGGUCAUCGGGCCCUCGCCAGAGCCUGCGGGGGAGGCCGGGACCCUGGACAAAUCCGUGCUCCUGGAGAUGGAGACCGACGUGAAGUCCCUGAUUCAGCGGGCCCUGCGGCAGCUGGAGAACGGCGAGGGCGCCGCCCCGCCAGCCCCGCUGCUUCACACUGUCCACGUGCUCAGCGCCUACGCCAGCAUCGAGCCCCUCACGGGGGUCUUCAAAGACCCCAGGGUCCUGGACUUGAUCGUUCACAUGUUGAGUAGCCCCGAUUACCAGAUUCGCUGGAGCGCGGGCCGGAUGAUCCAAGCCUUGGCCUCCCACGAUGCUGCGACCCGGACACACAUCCUGCUGUCCCUGAGCCAGCAAGAGGCCAUCGAGAAACACUUGGAUUUUGACAGCCGCUGUGUCCUGCUGGCUCUUUUCGCGCAGGCGACACUCACGGAGCACCCCAUGUCCUUCGAGGGCAUUCAGUUCCCGCAGAUCCCGGGCAGGUGGCUCUUCUCCCUGGUCAAGCGGUACCUACUGGUCACGUCCCUCUGGGAUCAGCUGAAUGAGCACAUCCAGCCCCGAGCCCAGGACAGCUCCAACCCCGAGGAGCUGAGCGGGGAGCGGAGUCGCCUGGAACUGGAGUUCAGUAUGGCCAUGGGCACCCUGAUCUCGGAACUGGUGCAGGCCAUGCGCUGGGAUUGGGCAUCCAGCCGGCCGGGCCCAGUGGCACCGCCCGCCAGCUCCCAGCCGCAGCCAGCCGAUGCAGGCCUGGAGCUCCUGGGCGAGCAGGCCGCGCUGCCCUUCCGCAGGGCCAGGCGGUUCCGGCCGCGCACGGAGUUCGCCAGCGGCAACACCUACGCCCUGUAUGUGCGGGAGACGCUGCAGCCCGGCAUGCGUGUGCGGAUGCUGGACGACUAUGAGGACAUCAGCGCGGGCGAGGAGGGCGAGUUCCGGCAGAGCAACAACGGCGUGCCCCCCGUGCAGGUGUUCUGGAUGGCCACGGGCCGUACUCACUGGGUUCACUGGCACAUGCUGGAGAUCCUGGGCUUUGAGGAGGACAUGGAGGACGUGGCCGAGGAGGACGUGUACCAGAGCGCGGCGCUUGGUGGAUCUCUGGGUGCAGUCCUGCCCAUCUGGCGGUGGAGGCCCAUGGGGGAGCUCUACGCGGUCCCCUACGUGCCGCCCGAGGAAGAGGAGCCGGAGGAGACCGAGCACCUGUCCCAGGCCGAGUGGUGGGAGCUGCUGUUCUUCAUCAAGAAGCUGGAGGGCUCCAAACACCAGGAGGUGCUGCAGAUCCUCCAGGAGAACCUGGACGGGGAGAUUCUGGAUGACCAGCUCCUGGCCGAACUGGCCAUGCCCAUAGAGCUGGCCCAGGACCUGCUGCUCGCCCUGCCCCAGCGACUCAGUGGCGGCGCCCUCCGGGACCUCCUCACCUGCCGCAUCUACCGGAAAUUCGGGCUCCAGGCCCUGGCGGGACAGCCCGUCUACCCCUCCCUGCUGGCGGCCCCCACCCCGGAUGCAGCCAGAGGGAAAGCCAAGGACUCCCUGUCCGCGGGCACCCACACGCCCCUGCAGCGCCUGGCGGAGAGCUUUGGUUCAGCCGGGAAGAUCAUUCUGGAACUGGAGCACGUCCUGAGCGUGGAGAAGCCACAGGAGAGCGAGGUCAGGCCCAUCCUGCAGCAGCUUCUGCAGGAGCCGCAGCCCUUCCUGGCACUGAUGCAGAGUCUCGACUCGCCGCCUGCCAACAAGGCCCUGCACCUGGCCGUCCUCAGAGUCCUGCUGCGACUGGCGGAUGUCCCCGACGCCCCGCUGCUCCCCUGGCACGAGGCCAUGGAAGCCUGUGUGGCCUGCCUGCAGUCCCCCGACACUGACCGAGAGGUGCUGCAGGAGCUGAUCUCCUUUCUGCACCGCCUGGCCACGGUCAGCAGGGACUACGCCGUGGUGCUGAACCAGCUGGGAGCCCGGGACGCCAUCUCCAAGGCCCUGGAGAAGCAUCUGGGGAAGCUGGAGCUGGCCCAGGAGCUGCGGGACCUGGUGUUCAAGUGUGAGAAGCAUGCCCACCUCUACCGGAAGCUCACCACCAACAUCCUGGGGGGCUGCAUCCAGAUGGUGCUGAGCCAGAUCGAGGACCACAGACGCACCCGCCGACCCAUCAACGUCCCCUUCUUCGACGUCUUCCUCAGAUACCUGUGCCAGGGCUCCAGCGUGGAGGUGCGGGAAGACAAGUGCUGGGAGAAGGUGGAGGUGUCCUCCAACCCGCACCGGGCCUGCAGGCUGACCGACCGCAACCCCAGGACCUACUGGGAGUCCAACGGCACCGCCGGCUCCCACCACAUCACCCUGCACAUGCGCCAGGACGUGCCCGUCAGGCAGCUGAACCUCCUCGUGACCAGCGAGGACUCAAGCUACAUGCCCGCGCGGGUGGUGGUGUUUGGGGGCGAGGGCGUCAACUCCCUGAACACGGAACUCAACGCGGUGAACGUGCUGCCCUCGGCCACCCGCGUGAUCCUCCUGGAGAACCUGACCCGCUUCUGGCCCGUCAUCCAGAUCCGGAUCAAACGCUGCCAGCAGGGUGGUAUCGACACCCGCAUCCGGGGCCUGGAGGUCCUGGGCCCCAAGCCCACCUUUUGGCCCGUCUUCCGGGAGCAGCUGUGCCGGCAUACUCGCCUCUUCUACAUGGUUCGGGCGCAGGCCUGGAGCCAGGACAUCGUGGAGGACCGCAGGGGCCUCCUGCACCUGAGCAACAGACUCACUGGGGCUCUGCGCCAGGAGCAGAGUUUUGCUGACCGCUUCCUCCCCGAUGACGAGGCUGCCCAGGCCCUGGGCAGGACGUGCUGGGAGGCGCUGGUCAGCCCCCUGGUGCAGAACAUCACUACCCCGGAUGAGGAUGGCGUCAGCUCCCUGGGCUGGCUGCUGGACCAGUACCUGGAGUGCCGCGAGGCCGCCCACAACCCCCAGAGCCGCGCGGCUGCCUUCUCCUCGCGGGUGCGCCGCCUCACCCACCUGCUGGUGCACGUGGAGCCCUGCGAGGUGCCCCCCCAGGCCAAGGGCAGGAACCGAAGCCACGACUGGAGCUCGCUGGCCUCGCGGGGGCUCCCCAGCAGCAUCCUGCGGAACCUGACCCGCUGCUGGCGGGCCGUGGUGGAGGAGCAGGUGAGCAGCUUCCUGAGCUCGCACUGGCGAGACGACGACUUCGUGCCGCGCUUCUGCGAACACUACCACCACCUGCACAAGGCCAGCGCCGAGCUGUUCGGGCCGCGGGCCGCCUUCCUGCUGGCGCUGCAGAGGGGCUGUGCCGGGGCCCUGCUGAAGCUGCCCUUCCUGUCAGCGGCCCACGUGAGCGAGCAGUUUGCCCGCCACAUCGACCAGCGGAUCCAGGGCAGCCGCAUCGGCGGGGCCCGCGGGCUGGAGAUGCUGGCGCAGCUGCAGCGGUGCCUGGAGACGGUGCCCACCUUCACCGGGCUGGAGCUCGCCACCACCUUCGAGCACUACUACCAACACUACAUGGCGGACCGUCUCCUGGGCAUGGGCUCGAACUGGCUGGAGGGGGCCGUGCUGGAGCAGAUCGGCCUCUGCUUCCCCAACCGCCUCCCCCAGCAGAUGCUGCGGAGUCUGGGCGCCUCCGAGGAGCUGCAACGCCAGUUCCAAGUGUACCAGCUGCAGCGGCUGGAUCAGGAGCUCCUGAAGCUGGAGGACACGGAGAAGAGAAUGCAGGUGGGCGCCAGCGGGCCCGGGAAGCAGCACAAGGGGAGGAAGGAAGGGGAAACUGAGGAACCCGGGGCGGCUGCGGCGGCCGCGGGCUCCGAGGAUGAGGACGAGGACGAGGACCUGUACUACGAGGGCGCCAUGCCCGACGUGUGUGUGCUGGUCCUGACCCCCCGCUGCUGGCCCACUGCCUCCAUCUCCCACACUCUCAACCCCAGAGUCUGUCUGCCCGCCUACCUGAGAGGCACCUUGAACCGAUACUCCAACUUCUACCGCAAGAGUCACAGCUCCCCGGCCCUGGAGCAGGGCGGCCCGAAGCGGCUGCAGUGGACGUGGCUGGGCCGGGCGGAGCUGCAGUUCGGGGACCAGACCCUGCACGUGUCCACGGUGCAGAUGUGGCUGCUGCUGCAUCUCAAUGACGUGCAGGCCGUGUCCGUGGAGAGCCUGCGGGCACUGUCCGGGCUCUCUCCCGACAUCCUGGACCAGGCCAUCGGGCCCCUCACAGCCCCGCGAGGCCCCCUGGACCUGCAGGAGCCCAAGGACGUCCCUGGAGGGCUGCUCAGGGUCCGAGAGGACUGGGACGAGCCCCAGCCGAGGAGGGCCAGCGUGUGGCUCAUCCCGCCCCCGACGUACCAGAGCGCCGAGGACGAGGAGGGUCGCAGUAUGGAGAAGAGACGGAACCUUCUCAACUGCCUCAUCAUGCGCAUCCUCAAGGCGCAGGGAGACGAGGGCCUGCACAUCAACCGGCUGGUCUGCCUGGUGCUGGAGGCCUGGCAGAAGGGCCCGUGCCCGCCCCGGGGCCUGGUCAACAGCCUGGGCCGGGGGGCCGCCUGCAGCAGCACGGAUGUGCUGGCCUGUAUCCUGCAUCUCGUGGGCAAGGGCACAGUGAAGCGCCAGGAGGGCCGGCCGCAGAUGCUGUCCUACGCCGUCCCCGUGACGGUCCUGGAGCCCCACACGGAGUCCCUGAACCCCCGCUCCUCGGGCCCCAACCCCCCCCUCACCUUCCACACCCUGCAGAUCCGCUCCCGGGGCGUGCCCUACGCCUCGGGCACCGGCACCCAGAGCUUCUCCACCUUCCGGUAGCCCUGGGAGCUGGGCUGAAGGCUGGGUGGGGCCCGGCUGGUUACCCA